GCAGGCUUACAAUAUGAUCAGCAGCAAUUACAUUUGUGAAACCAAAGGAAGUCCUGAAGAGCUGUUUGUAGAUCUGCUUAGCCUGAUAACGGAGACUGCAUACUACAAUGCCUAUGCAGCAACAACACCUCAUGACCUCGAGUCCACGGACGCCAGCCCCAAGGGUCAGAACCCGUCGCUGUCGGCCGUGAGGAAGGCAUCGUCGCUCCUGACCUCAGGCGCCCCCCUCGAGCCUCCCGGGUCCCACACCUGCUACCCGCUUCACCUCGCCAUCACCGCCAACUGCACUCCCCUCCUGCCCCUCCUUCUGGCCGCCGGGGCGCCGCUCACGGCCACCAGGGACGGCCUUGGCCCGGUGCAGCUCGCGUGGCUCACGCCCGACAUCACCACCUGGGUCGCUGUGCUGGUCACCAGGGCUGUCAGAGACCGGAUAGCGAUGGAGAUGCAGCCCCUGGAUGACGCCCUUCAGGCAGCUGCACGGGCGCUGCUGGAGGCCCUGGACGGAGAGAGGCCGUGGGAGGCCGCGCUCGAGCGCCCCGCCGGCUCCUCGGACUCUCUAGACGCGCUGCUCUUCCGCGCAGCCAGGGGCGGGGCCUCCACUCUGGCCUGGUGGAUCUGGAACAGCGGCGGCUCCGCGGUGUCCCGCCACCACCAGGACGCCACGCCCCUGCACGCUGCCCUGGACGAAGGGCAUCUCGGCACGGCCAGAGCCCUCGCCCUCCACAUGGGGGGGAACCUCUUCCUUCCCGACACCGACGGACGACUCCCGAUCAGCCUGAUGUCGAGUGAAAUUAUCCAGGAGUCGCUGGCUCGUGAAUACACUAUACUAGAGCAAGAAAAGGAAAAAGCCAAGAAUUCUGCCAGUUGUAGAGAGGUUUUCGAAGAAGCGUUACUCCUCUUGGUCCUGUGUCUGGAGUUCAACCCGCAUGUGAAUUCUCCCGACUACCCUGACGAGCGCUGGAGGACCGUCCUUGCGUGGGUAUUGUCCGUUCAUGGAAAUGGUAUCGCAUCCGAAGGAAACAGAGACUGGAUUCAAGAUAUUUUUGACAACAUUGCAAGAAUUUUGCCAAAGGAAAAUGUGGAUAAUGAGGCUAUUAAACAAGCUGAGGAAACUGAGGAAAGCGACUACAAAGUGCUUUUGGAGUCGAUAAGUAAAAUACACCAGGCAUAUUGGAGAGAAUUCAGUGAACUAAGUGCCGUAUUUGGGGAUGUCUCUUCAGGAUCUUUACAUGAAAAUAACCUUGAUACACUACUGAAGUCGGCCAUGAUCAAGGCCUGUGAGAAAGAUAUGCCUCUCUUCUUACACCUGCUGACAUGCGUGGUUGGUGCCAACAUUAGUGAGAAGAUUGACGAAGUGUGUGGAGGAUUCCCGCUCCACUACGCAGCUCUUCACAACAACAUGUCUGCAGCCAGGUACAUUCUGAGUCAAGGAGCCUCACCGAGUGUGCAGGACCGCUUCGGCAACACACCUGCCCACUACGCGUACAUGUUCGGGCACCAGGAGGUUGGGGACUUCCUUAAAACUGAUAUUAAGAACAGCAAUGGCCUUCCUGCUGAAUCUAUGCUUAAAGGGUACAACCAUUACCUGAAACUGUAUAAACUGGACUCCAAUAGCCUACAGAAAAGAAAAAUGCAAAGAGAUAAUACUGCCUCUCAAAUUAUACAAGAACAUCUGCAAUAUCUAAGGAGAAUAUGGAUGGAAAAUAGCAUAAGUCAAGCUGUCCAAGAAUGUCAUGUAGAUUUCACAAGUGAUGAAACUCGUGCAAUUAAAAAAUCUGUUUCAGAGUUCAUACAGAAGUUGAUACUUUCAAUUACAACAAUAAAUCCAAUGUACAAAGGUGAUUUGCAAAUGCUAGGGAGUUCUGAAGACAAUGUUCGAUUAUUUUGCCCAGAUGAGUUUGACUUUAAUAUCAUCAUACAAAAUAUGAACAUAAAUUUUCCUGUGACAUGGAAAGGAGACUUAAGAGAUGGAUCUGUGAAAUUAGAUAAAGCUUUAAAUGAACUAUUGUUGGACCUUUUCUAUUGCACAGUGAGGCAGUGUCUUGUGAACUGUGAGCCUGAAGACAGGCGACUGGCCAUUGUUCUGCCGGGAGUGAAGAAGACUCAGGUGGGCGUAUCGCUCAGCCUCGUCUGGACAGGUGAGGUGUUCCCUCUGCUCCUGGUGGAUGUUGAUGUUGUGGCCACUGCUAGAGCCAGUUGGCCACCUGCACUCAGGAGGCCAAAGCUCACACCCUCCACCCUUGACUCUGUGUAUUUGAAUAGCAUUGGCAACAACGAAUGGAGGUUCUCUUUCGCACUGGCAGAAAAUGCAGUCAUGAAAAGUCUGACGGCUGACAAGCGCAGGGUAUUUCUGGCCUGCAAGAUGGUGCUCAGUGCCCUGAAGGUGGAGAAGUGGGCACCGAGACACGUCCAGAACCAGUUCAAAUAUUUCCAUGGAAGAUUCUUCAAGAUUCCCUCGCCAAAGGGCUUCCUCCUCAAGAAUACCUUCUUCCUGGAGCUGGAGGAGGUGACAGAUGAGGAGCAGUGGACGGAGGAGCACUUAGUGGAGAGGAUGACCUCGGUAUUCCGGAGGAUGUGCGAGGAACACACUGACCCCGCCUCGCAGGAGACUUCCUGGGAGCCGGCAGCGGUCAAGGCGUACUUCGCUGACCUGACACAGAGUCCAUGUGUUGGGUUUGGAGCGCCAGAAAUUCUCAACUUUUUGAAGUCACUAGAUUCUCAACUAAACCAAUUUCAACUUCAAAGCAACAGGAAGAGACACAGAGGCACAUACGAAUACACUUUAGAGAAGUGAUAUAAGAAAACCAAGCAUCUGCAAUAAGAGUUUUUCCUAUAAUUCUAAACCUAAUGUAAUUUAAUAUAUCUAAAUCAGAAUCACGUCUGAAUACAGGACUGCUUAAGCCUCACUGAUAAUGGUACAUGUAUAUCACUGCACCAAUAAGUUCUUUCACCUGUACGAAGUGGCACUGCUUUGACAUUGCUUGUUGUCAAAGGGACUCAAAAACAAAUAUUCCAUAGUCCUACAUAAGAUUUAAAUAAGCAGUUAUAGGGCACCGUCCACGUCAUAGGCAUGGUGGCGAGUAAUUAUGUUAAUUAUACCUUGAUCACUUAU